AUGCUUGCAGCCACUUCCGCAGACUUCAACUGUCGCCUGGCCGUGAUUCUGGUAUCUUCUGGAGGAACACUAGCUGGUCUCGAGGGCGAGCAUUCAAGCGACAGAAACCCCUUUGGGAUUAUCCACCCUCGGUCCCUCGUCUUCCGUAUGUACUUCAAUCUUGAUGACUUCAAUGCUGAGGGUUUUGACGACUGA